AUGGCAAGCAAAAAGCGAGAAAUCCAGCUGCAGGCGGUCAUCAAUAAUCAGAGCCUGUGGGAUGAGAUGUUGCAGAACAAAGGCCUAACAGUGAUUGAUGUUUACCAAGCCUGGUGUGGACCUUGCAAAGCAAUGCAGACUUUAUUCAGAAAAUUGAAAAAUGAAGUGAACGAAGAUGAAAUUCUGCAUUUUGCCGUAGCAGAAGCUGACAGCAUUGUGACUUUGCAGCCAUUUAGAGAUAAAUGUGAACCUGUCUUUCUCUUCAGUAUUAAUGGCAAAAUUGUUGCAAAAAUCAAGGGUGCAAAUGCGCCACUUGUUAAUCAAAAAAUUAUUACCUUGAUCAAUGAGGAGAGGAAAAUUGCAGCAGGUGAAAUGGUUCGCCCUCAGUAUCAUGAAGUUGCAUUUGCGGACUCAGACGCAGAAGAUGCUGGGGAAGCAGCCUAUGAAAGUGUUGAACAAGUAUAUAGUAUUGUCAUUAUCAAACCCGAUGCUGUGGUUGCUAGCAAAGUUCUAGAAAUUAAAGACAAAAUUAUCAAUGCACAAUUUGUCAUCGAAGCAGAGGAUAAGAGACUGCUCACUGAAGAACAAGUCAAGUACUUCUAUAGUCAAUUAGCAGACCAGCCUGACUUUGAAGAUUUUGUUUCUUUUAUGACAAGUGGCUUAAGCUAUAUUCUAGUUAUAUCUCAAGGAAAGGAACAACAGCCUCCCUGGGAUAAAAGUGACCCUAAUUCUGAGGCAGAACCUAAAGAACCAUGGGACGACCAGCAGGAGACGGCCAGGGCCACGGGGAUGAAGCAGAAGCUGGAAAGUUUACAAGAAUAUCUGGAAAGACAAAAUAUAUCUCAGUUUUGUGAUGUUGAAGAGAAUAUAACUAAUACUAAGUUCAUUGACGUCUUCUUCCCUGAUCUUAAAAGAAUGAAAAGCAUAAAAGUAGAAAAGAUACUGGCAUUACUUCGACCAGCCCUCUUUCAUGAAAGGAAAGAGGCCGUUUUGAACAUCAUUGAAGAUGAAGGCUUUAAAAUACUGAUGCAAAGACAAAUAGUAUUAUCAAGAGAAGAAGCAGAAACACUGUGCAAAGAACAUGAAAAUAAAGAUUAUUUUGAAAGUCUUAUAGAAAACAUGACCAGUGGUCCGUCUCUAGCCCUUGUUUUAUUAAGGGAAAAUGGUUUAAGACACUGGAGACAGUUAAUUGGACCAAGCACUGUCAAAGAAGCUGAAGAAUAUUUUCCACAGAGUUUAUGCGUGCAAUUUGCAAUGGAAGGUUUGCCUGUCAACCAGCUGCACGGAAGUGAUUCAUUAGAAGCUGCUAGAAGAGAAAUAAAGUAUUUCUUUCCUCCACAAAACACGAUAGCACUGAUUAAACCUCAUGUAACACAAGAACAAAGAGAGGAUAUCCUGAAGCUUAUCAAGGAGGCUGGAUUUGAUAUAUCACAGAUGAAAGAGAUGCUUCUAACUGAAGAGCAAGCAGAAAAAGUUUAUUUUAAAAUAAAAGGAAAAGACUUUUAUAAAGAUGUAUUGGAAAUUUUAUCUGAGGGUCCAUCUCUGAUCAUGAUUCUGACCAAGUGGAAUGCUGUUUCAGACUGGAGACGAUUGAUGGGUCCCAUAGACCCAGAGGAAGCGAAACUACUGUCCCCAGACUCUAUCCGAGCCCGAUUUGGAAGAAGUAUUUUGAAAAAUGCUGUCCACGGAGCAUCUAAUGUCCAAGAGGCAAUGGACACAAUUAAUAGAAUGUUUGAGGAGUUUGUUGCUGAGAACACUGAGGAAAACUAGAGUAAAGUACCUCUUUAAUUAUUAUUUUAUCUUCUUUGCUCAUUACAGUGGCUGGGCCGAGGACAAGGCUAUUCCGCAAAGACCAGAACUUCCCCCACAUUCCUGAAUCAAAUUUGUUUCCUGCCAGACACACUAGGCUCCCCCAUACCAGCCUGGAAGCCCCAAAGCCAAGCUCUGUAGAUGCCAAGGACCUGGGAGACAGUGGGACCAGUGAGACACCCGUGGGUUUGCAAGUCUUGGUCUCAAGCUGGUUGUGCCCUUCUGCCACGACUCAGUCUCAUGUAGUCUCUCCCCUUAAUUCCCUCCCACUUCUUCACUCUGAAUGGCUGAAAUCUCAGUCAGCAGCCUCAACUUGAUUCUGUAAGCUUCUGGGGACUUGGAACCUAUUAAUGACCUGUGGGUGCUAUGUGAUAAUGUAAUAGGAUGGUAGCAAUCAUAGAGUAAAAGGCAGUCAUUUCUUUUCCUUGCCACUUUUCCUUGCCAAAGAGGUGCUUACUGGGGAGAGGUAGCGACGUGGUACAUCUGUGGAUUGAGUCUGCCUGGUUUACUGAUGGAAAACUUAAAAACUUUUCUAUCCUGGACAGUGUGAGAGAUAAGAGUAUGAGUAGAUGACUUUUCCCAUCAAACCCACUUUCCUUCUUUGUUUUCAGGGAGCAGGCUCACAGAGGUACACCGGCUUGGCUCUGGCUGCUGACCUGAACUUGACCACACAGCUUCUUCAUACGUGGAUGUUGUCCCAGCUGGAUGAGCCAGACCGAGACUCAGCCUCCAGAGCAUAAGGAGGAUGCGAUGUGAAAAGAAGA